ACCUAGCUUCCUAUUUCCUGGGUCAGUCAAUCUGACAGGCCAGGAUGGAAAAGCGCAUAGACCGCAUACAUAGAUGGCGACCCGUCCCUUGAUGGAGCAAAGGAUGCGCCUAGUGUCGGUACCCGUCGGUACCCUGUUCAAAGCUUGGAGUUGAAGGCCAUGGCUCUCAAGCUCGACGUGCUGGCAGCAGAGCGUUUCCUCACUGGGCUCCCGCUGCUGUCUUUGGAGAGGGAGGAGUCCCUGCGUGGCAUCGUGCUCCAGCGCUCCAAGAGCCUUGAUGGAGUGCAAAAAACGGUGUCACAGACCGGGCUUGCGCCAGUGGAUGUGGAGGAAGAGCUGAAGCGCACGGUAUCCUGGGCAGCGACUGGGAUUCCCAUACCUCGAAUGCCGAUGGAUGUUGCGGCCGCGGAGAGGUUCUUGACUUCCCUCACCGUUUGUGAGGCGGAUGUUGUGCAAGAGUCGCAUGGACUUGUGGGAUUUGGCUGGCCGCCAACAGAGCUGUUGCAGGCCUCAGGGGCCAAGUGCAGCAAGACAGUAAUUGGUGGCUGGAGGAGCCAUGCAGAUUUGCAGCGCCUGAUGCCUGUGCUGGUCAAGAAGGGAGUCGUAGGAGGCCGGGUGGACAUCACAACAAGGCAGACCUGCACUUACAUCUCCAGCACUCAACUGGGAGAUACGUCGUACUCUGGCCACACCCUGGACAUGCCUGAGGUCAAGCUGCCUUUGCUGGCACGGAGUAGCAGGCGGUGGCUAUCCUGGGGGCGGAGGAGCACACGAGUGGAGCAGGUAAAGGGCACGUCGUAUGCAAAGUUUCUGGUUCCAAGUGUAGGCGGAACCUAUGAUCCAGACUUCCUGGACGACCAGAGCCUGAGGCAGGGCAAGAACCACACGGUGCUCCGACUGGAGGGCUACCAGGUCUCCAUCAUCCCCUUUGUACGAGCUCGCCGCCUCAAGGAUGAGCUCAAUGACCAGUUCCGCUGCAGCCAUCCACAAGUCCAUCCAUCGUUGACUCUCUCCAAGCUGCGCAAUUUGCAGAAGGAUCUCAGAGAGAUCACGCAGACGAUGCCUGAGCUUGACGUUUGCUCUGUGGCCCUGGCGUGGGUGUACUUUGAGAAGCUCGUUCUGAAAGACUAUGUCCGCAAGGCAAGCCGGAAGCUACUGGCAGGAGCAUGCCUGGUGCUGGCAUACAAGUUUCACCAGCGAGGUGACCGAGACAAGAUCAGGAAGCUGGCAGCAGAGAUACGCAAGAUGGACCGCAAGGACCGUUUGCAGUGGGAAGACCUCCAUGAAGCAGAAUUGAAGGUUUUCGUGUGGCUGGAGUUCAGUCUACACGUGCCUGCCAGCGAGGUGCUACCCCACCUGCAGCGCACCAUGAAGGACCUCGGCAUGAGCUGGCAAGAAAUUGGCGAAGCUGGAUGCCAGCAGUUGCAGAGGCCCAGCGAUGAUGACGGUGAUGUAGCGCUGAGAGAUUGUAGCACUUCAUUUUACUGAAGACUGUGCGUUCUUCGCGCUGUGUCUUUGUGAAUGACGCAAAGAUGUCCAGCGAGUGCCUAUGUACAAAAGCGAGACAGGGGAUCUCGAGCUUGCAGAGCUGGACCAGAGCUGCAGCUUAAGCCUCAGGUUUUGAUCCUGGCCGAAGGAAAGCUGCUCAGCGAUGUCCGGGAG